AUUGAUUCCCAUUUUUUAGCUACCACACUGUCUGGACCACCAAAGUCUCCCAAGUCAGAUAAUGAUACUUUAGAUGAAGAAACACUAGCAGCAAAUCGUGAAAAAUUUGCGAAGAAGAUGGCUCAAAAGAAAAAACCUGAUACCAAGAAGAGUCCAAAAAGCCCUAAAAGCCCCAACCAAGAAAAAGCGGGCAAAAAACCAAGGGUUUGGGACUUUGCGCCCGAUGGAACGGAUGCCAAAAGCCUAGAAAGAUCUACCGAUAAGCCUGAAGAUGCUAAGAGCCAUUUAACACCAGAUGAUGUGAUUGUUGGGCAAAUGAAAGGAGUUAUUAAAGAUCUGGAAGUAGAAUCUUCCGAAGAUGAAUACGAUGAUGAAGAGGUAGAAAAGGAGGAAAUUACAGAAAAAGAGGAACAGAAAAAAGCAUCUAAAGGAGGAAUGUUUUCUAUAUUUAAAGGACUUGUUGGUUCGAAAAAUCUCACAUUAAGCGAUAUGCAACCAGUAUUAGAGAAAAUGCGCGAUCAUCUAAUUGGGAAAAAUGUCGCGUCUGAUAUUGCCAUAAAGUUAUGUGAUUCUGUGGCAUCCAAGUUAGAAGGCAAAGUUUUAGGAACCUUUGAUUCUGUGGCAUCAAUUGUAAAAAAUACACUAACCGAUUCGCUUGUACAAAUUUUAAGUCCGAAUAGAAGAGUUGAUAUUUUAAGAGAUUGUUUGGAAGCAAAAAAGGAAGGACGGCCUUAUGUUAUGACCUUCUGUGGAGUGAAUGGUGUGGGAAAGUCGACUAACCUAUCAAAAAUAUGCUUUUGGUUAAUUGAGAAUAAUUUACAAGUGCUUAUUGCUGCCUGUGAUACUUUUAGAGCUGGUGCAGUGGAACAAUUAAGGACACAUAUGAGGCAUCUAAAUGCUUUACAUCCGCCGGAAAGACAUAGUGGUAGACAAAUGGUACAAUUAUAUGAAAAAGGUAUGCAAGAAUUUUUGUAA